AACACAAACAUAAACACAAUCACAAGUUCACAACAAAAACUCUCUCUCUCUCUCUCUACUGCUCUUCUUCCCUCGCCAGCUGUCUCUCUUGUUCCAAAUCCAAUCUACAAUUUUACAUCUCUCUCUCUCUCUCUCUCUAGGCUGUAGCUUAUUUUCCCAAGUCCCAAACACCCCCUUAUACAUUACACAAUACAAUACAAAGAUUCAUCCAGUCUUUAAAAUCUACCACAUUGAUGUCGGUUGGCUGAUCUAGCUCUCGAUCUGCUCGGCUCGAUUGCAUUCACACCCGUUGCUUCGAUCUGCACCGAUACAUAUCGUUGUGGUUGUGGUUGGAUUUUGAUUUAGAUCACAAUGACGGCAGAGGUGGAUGCGCACCGCGAUGCCUGUGAAUCUGAGGUGUCUAAAGGUGAGGUUUUGAAUGUGAAUGUGAAUGUGAACGGGAACGAGAAUGAGAAUGGGAAUGGGAAUGGUAGUGUUAAUGGGAAUGGGAUUUCCAAGGACGACGCCGACUCCUCAUAUGUGUUUGUGACCGGAGGCGAUGCCAUCAUAUCUGAGGAUCCUGUUGAGUCAUCUGAUCUCAAUGGCAGGGUUCAAAAAAAUGGCAGCCUUCACAUGGAGGUCAAGGUGGGAGAGAGUGUUUCUUCUCAGGAGGAUACUCCCCAACCUCAUUCACUAAACAAGGCUGCCGACGGGGAGAUGACGAUUGACGUUGCAGAGUCCAUUCCACAGAAUUCUCUUACAAAUUGUGAUAUUCAAAGUGGCGAAGAUCCGAAACUGGCCAAGGAGGUGCCCGUGGAAGAUGCUUCAAGGGAUCUCGGCCCAGAGUCGAAGCAUGAUUCAAUUCCAACUCCGCUUGAUAAGCAAGUUGUGAGUGAUCCUGUGUCCAAGGUAAUUGUGGACGGCUUGCCUGCUUGUCCUGCUCAUGAUAGCACUCCAGGAAAUCCAGCUGAACAAAAUGUAUCUUCUGAAAAUGGCCGAGCCUUGCCUGCCCCACUCAUUUGUGAAAACGCCUCCUUCCAAGUUGAGAACAAGUUGGCAGCAGAAGUUGGCAAUGGCACUGUCCCUGAUCAAAGUACUGAAGAUGGCUUGCUUAUUGUUCAUGCUCAAGAGGGCAUUUCAGAGCCCGUAGUUACAGAUGACUUGGUUGAUGCACCUGAUGAGAACGGGUCAUGUGAAAAUGCUGAGAGUUGUGAGAAAGUGCCUACUGAAAAUGGUGAAAGCUUUUCAACUGUUGCUGAUAAUGAUACAACAGGAAAUCCAGAUGUUGAAAACGAGGUUUCUCUACCUACUGAAGAUGUUUCAACUUGCACUGUUGAUGAUGGGAUGGCAGGGACUGAUGUUGUAAACCUAAAUGAGAAGAGUAGUGAAAGCCCUAGUCCUUGCCUUCUUGAGCAUUCAAAAUCAGAAAUUGAAGCUGAGGGUGGGCCUGGUAUAGAGGAUACCUUGUCAAGUUUCCCAGUUAAUGAUGCAAUAUCAGAACUGAAUUCCAAAUUGGAAAUUGAACCUGAGAUUGUGCCCAUCGGGGAUGAUACUCUGUCAACUUGCCCAGAAAGAGAUGCAAUCUCCCAACCCAAUUUAAAAUCAGAAGUUGAACCUGAGACUGCGUCCAUUGUGGAUGAUACUCUGUCAAGUUGCCCAGCUAAUACUGCAAUAUCAGAACCCAAAUCAAAAUCUGAAGUAGACUUUGAGACUGCGCCCAUUGUGGAUGAUACUCUGUCAAGUUGCCCAGCUAAUACUGCAAUAUCAGAACCCAAAUCAAAAUCUGAAGUAGACUUUGAGACUGCGCCCAUUGUGGAUGAUACUCUGUCAAGUUGCCCAGCUAAUACUGCAAUAUCAGAACCCAAAUCAAAAUCUGAAGUAGACUUUGAGAGUGUGCCAAUUGUGGAUGAUACUCUGUCAAGUUGCCCAGCUAAUACUGCAAUAUCAGAACCCAAAUCAAAUUCUGAAGUAGACUUUGAGAGUGUGCCAAUUGUGGAUGAAGCUCUGUCAAGUUGCCCAGCUAAUGAUGCAAUGCCAGAACCCAAUUCAAAAUCAGAAGUUGAAUUUGAGAGUGCACCCAUUGUGAGUGAUACUCUGUCAAGUUGUCCAGCUAAUGAUGUGAUAUCAGAACCCAAGACCAGCCAGGAUUCUAUUGGUUGUGAAGAAAAGAUAUCUAAUGAUGCCGUGGAUGUAGAUUCUGGGUUGUCAAAUUUGGAGGUUGAAUGUGUUGCUAGCCCCCCUUUAUCACUUGCUGAAAACAAUUCAAAUGAAGCUAGCUUGCCUGCUAAAUCAGAUGCUGAUGACAAACCAGGGUCUGAAGUUCACAGUUCAUCUGCUCUGAGAAGCAGAGAUGUUCCUGAAGAUGGUGGUACCACAUCUGAAUCCAGGAUUCUGAAUGACUCUUCUGAGGAGAGUGGCAGGCCACUAAAUUGCAACUUGGAUGAUGUACAAAUUGAUAGUGACGUUAAACCGACAUGUGAGGUAGCGGAGUCCACUGACGGAAUUCAUAGAUCUGAAGCCUCAACAUCUUCCCAGGAAGUUUCCACUACUGAUGUUUUGGAAGGACAGAAUAAAGGUGCUGAGGUAGAAAAGAGGCCGUUCUACUUCUUGAUUAGGGUUCCAAGAUAUGAUGACGAAAAUUUGAAAGAACAGAUUAAACAAGCUCAGUUACACGUUGAAGAAAAAACUAAAAGCCGGGAUGCUAUUCGUUCCAAAAUCCAAAUGGAAAGGGCCACUUGUAAGGAGUAUUUUGACAAUUUUGAAGCUGCUAGAUCUGAAGAGAGAGCUGCACGAGACCUGUUUAAGGCCAAACGCCAUGAAAUGGAUACUGUUCAAUUAAUGAUUAACAAAGUGAAGAAUGCCAUGUCUGUUGAGGAUAUGGAUAGCAAAAUACGCAAUAUGGAACAUACUAUGCAGCAUGAGACCCUGCCUUUGAAGGAAGAAAAGCAAUAUAUUCGCGAAAUCAAGCAAGUGAAGCAACUUCGUGAACAGCUCUCUUCUAGCCUGGGUAAGCAGGAUGAAGUUCAACAAGCUUUAGACCAGAAAGACCAUAUUGAAGAGCGCUCAAAGGUUCUGAGGAAGGAGAUGGAUCUACUCAGAAACAAUCUUCUGAAAGCAGAGACAGUCACUCAAGCUGCUAAAAAGAAAUUUAAUGAAGAAAACAAUAUGCUGAAUGAAUUACUUUCUCAGUUUAGAGCUGCAGAUGACAUUCGUCAAGAAGCAUACGCACAUUUACAGAGUUUGAGGAAACAACAAUAUGACAAGAACAAAUAUUUUUGGAGGUAUAAGGAUGAUGCAAAGGCUGCUAAUAAUUUAGCAUUGAGUGGAAAUAGGGAACAACUGCAGGAUUUUUGUAUCAAACAGGUGGAAACGAUUAUGGAACUCUGGAAUAAAAAUGAUGAUUUCCGUAAAGAAUAUGUCAGAUGCAACAACAGGAGCACACUGAGGAGAUUGAGAACCUCAGAUGGGCGCUCACUUGGUCCUGAUGAGGAGCCCCCUAUAAUACCUGAUAUUGUUAGAGCAACCAAGGAUAAUUUGGCAACAGUGCUUUCUACUCCUGAACAAGCAAAACGAGUUCCCCCUGUGGAAUCUGAAAAGCCAGAUGACAAAUCUGCAAAGAAGGUUGGUCAGCCAAAAAUUGAGAUAGCUAAAACCAAGAAGCCUGAGAAACCUGCUUCAUCUGAAAUUAGCCCAGCAACUGCUUCUGGAAGAAAUGAGAUUGAAGAUGAAAAAGUAGAAGAACCUAAAGUAACAAAGGAGGAAGAAGAGUUGGCCAGAAAGGCAGAGGCAUUGAGAAAGGAAGAAGCAGCAGCUAGGUUGAGAGAGCAGCGUAGGCUGGAGGAGAAGGCCAAAGCCAAGGAAGCACAAGAGAGGAAGAAAAGAAUAACGGAGAAGGCCCAAGCCAGAGCUGCCAUAAGAGCACAGAAGGAAGCUGAGGAGAAAGAGAAGGAAAGGGAGAAGAGGGUGAAGAAGAAGGAAAGAAAGAAGGCAACUACAACAAAGGCCACAAAUGGUAUUAGUGAAGGAGAUUCUGCUCCAGAUCCAAGCUCAGACACCCCAACUGAAACUCCAGAGCAGUCUGAAACUAAAGAGAAACCUAUCACCGUAACAAAGAGGUCUCAGAAAUCAUCGCAGUUCACAAAGCAAACCAAGGUAAAAUCCAUACCUCUGCCUCUUCGCAACCGCAGUAAGAGAAGGAUGCAGCCUUGGAUGUGGGUCCUCCUUACAGUUCUGGUUGUCUUGGCCUUGUUUUUCUUGGGCAAUGGCGGCAGCUCCCAUUUUAAAUCUCUGCUUGAUAAGUUUUUCUGAAUACAUGCACGUAUUUAAAUAGGUAUUUAACAGAGUUUGUUGGGACAUUCCCAUAAUAUAUAGGCAAAUUCUUUUGUGCCCAUCUGGGGAUUUGUUUUCCUCUUGGUUUGCAUUUAAGUGGCUUUUUCUUUCACACACUGAUAUAGAUUGGUUUUCUUUAUAUGUGCGUGAAGAACAAAAUGUCAAAAAAGAAAAAAAGGAACAUUCAGUAUGAUAAUAAAUAUUAAUUAUUUUUAGUUUGUUUC